AUGACGCAGCGCAACCGGGAUCAUGUGCGUUAUAUAUGGUUCUGUAUAGAGCUUGAGCGAUACAACUGCCAAAAAUGCGAUUCUUUUGAUCCUAGAGACUAUCAGACGAAUAAAAGCGAGAACAAGCUCAUUUUGGAAUCGUUUCAGUCGCUAUUCACAGCUUUGGCCACAUGGGAGCCAAAUGGGAGCCUGACCCUCGAUAUUAGCCUGUACUCGAAGAGCGACAAUGAGCACGCAUUCAAGUACCUAACCUUUAUGCCCGACGCUACGGGACACCAGGUCGAGCCAAUGUCGAUCGCCGGAAGCGAGGAGCCCGAAAAGCACCGAUGGGAAACGACUGCAUUGGGGUCUAUCCCGCCAGUACAAAGUCUUGAACGUCUCUUUGGACAUGUCUGGAUCCCAAUUAGGGAUGAAAGAAAGUGUUGGGCGCAGACACCAAAGGUCCCGGCCGUGACACGUCUUGAAAUGAGGCUACAGACUUAUCGCCGAUGGGACACGUUGACAGUCUCCCAAAUUCUUUCCCACCUUCCUAACCUACGUGAAUUCCACUAUGAGAUAUGGAUGCAGUGGUUUACCGAGCUUCACGCGAUCUGGAUUAGAUCGUUGCUUGCACUUCUUUCUGCUACCGAAGGGCUGGACAAGUUAACAAUUUUUGAAAACUCUAACCAACAAUACUCGCGCUAUUUUCUAAGAGGAAACUCACCAGCACAUGCUCCCACUAUUGAUCUCAGUCAGAAGCUUGCCCGAGUGAAUCUCGGCGUAGAAGUCCUCUCAGCUUCAUUCGUAGUAGAUGCUGCAGAGUUUUUCUCUGAGUUUUCAACAUGGCCAAACCUAAGCCACCUUACCCUCACCUCCCAGCUUCUAGCACCCACAACAUGUCCUACAAAGAUUAUGGAUCUUCUUCAAGCAGCAGCAUCUGCAGCUUGUCGCAUGCUCAAGCUCAAGAUGAUGGAAUUAUGGUAUGGACGAGAGGGGCUGGCGGCUUUAUUCAAGUAUGAGUUUAUCCCUGGCCAUUUGCGGCAGUCUGUUGUUACUUGGCGGGCAACAUGGUGUAUGAGUAUACAGCCUCGAGUGCUUGAGGCGUGGGAGGGGGUUGUACGCAACGGUGGUGGAUAUCCUGGCGGCGUCGAUGUGGUAUAUGAGACGGUCAACGACCACAUCACAUCACAUGCUGAUGCGAUUGUCAGCCUGAAGCUAUCAGAGACAGUGCUGCGGCCCAUCUCUUUACAGCAGAUUAAGAGAGAGCAGAACUUUGUCAGUUCCUUGACAGUCUAA